AUGUCUACUUACAAAACUUCUGAGCCACGAUUAGAGGAUGAUUUAUUUUCAGAACGAGCUCGUUUCUUUAUGGAAUUUUUAGAAGCCGAGAGCAUUACUGGAACAGAAAGUAGUUAUAAAGCUUCGGUUGAAUCUUUGCUUAAAAAUAAACAGAAACGUUUAAUUAUCAAUUUGAAUACCCUAAGAAAUUAUAAUCCUGAAUACGCACAAAAUCUUAUAGAAUUUCCCAAUGAUUUUAUACCACCAUUUCAAAAGGCUCUUAAGGAUGCCGUAAUUGCCUGCAAUGAUCUAAUUAAUUUUAUGCCUAAAAAAAAACUUGAAGAUCAACAAUUUUAUGUGGGAUUUAGUGGUAGUUUUUUUCAUCAUUUGAAUCCAAGAACUUUGAAAUCAAUCCAUUUAUCAAAAUUAAUUAGCAUUGAGGGAAUUGUAUCACGAUGUUCAUUUGUUAGAUUAAAACUUGCAAAAAGUGUUCAUCACUGUGGAAAAACUGGGGAAUUCCAUCAAAAAGAAUACAGAGAUUUUACAACAAUAGGAAAUUUCAUACCUACAUCAAAUGCCUAUCCAACUGAAGAUGGAAACGGAAAUCAAUUGACCACUGAAUUUGGAUAUUCAGUUUAUCGUGAUCAUCAAACAAUCUGUCUUCAAGAAAUGCCGGAAAAAGCUCCUGCUGGUCAACUGCUAAGAUCAAUCGAUAUAGUAUUAGAUGAUGACUUGGUCGACAAGGUAAAACCUGGUGAUCGCAUCCAAUUGGCUGGCAUUUAUAGAGCUAUUGGAAAACCAAAGAUUGCAAAACAAAGAAAAGAUGACAUAUUUGAAUUUCUCACUAAAUCGUUAGCACCUUCAAUAUAUGGUCAUGAAUACAUCAAAAAAGCCAUUUUGUUAUUGUUAUUAGGCGGCAAAGAGCAAAAUUUAACCAGUGGUGAUCCAUCCACUGCCAAAUCACAAUUACUUCGCCGCGUAUUAAACAUAGCACCUCUUUGUAUUGCAACCACUGGUCGUGGAUCAUCUGGUGUAGGCUUAACUGCUGCAGUUACAAGGGAUAAAGAAACAGGUGAAAGAAGUCUUGAUGCAGGUGCAAUGGUUCUUGCUGAUCGUGGUGUAGUUUGUAUUGAUGAGUUUGAUAAAAUGACUGAUGUGGAUCGUGUUGCAAUCCAUGAAGUUAUGGAACAACAAACUGUAACUAUUGCAAAAGCCGGUAUUCACACUUCUCUUAAUGCUCGGUGUAGUUACGAUGUUCAUAAAACGCCAGCACAAAAUAUUGCACUACCAGAUUCAAUCUUAUCACGUUUUGAUUUAGUGUUUGUAAUAACAGACGAUAUAGAUAAUACUAGAGAUCGUGUUAUUUCCCAACAUGUUUUACAUUUACACCGGUAUCGUCCACCAAAUUUGGAAGAGGGCACUCCAAUCAAGGAUAGUCAACAACAAACCAUCUUUAUGAAACACGAUGAUACUAAUAAUGGUACCGAAGAACCUACUCCAGUUUAUAUACAAACUAAUUAUCAAUCUAUUCAACAACAAGACCCUAAUGGAGAUGGUGUUGACGGUGGUGGCAGUAGUAGUAGAUCUCUUUCUUUGAGAGCAAAGGAAAAUGAACAACAAAUUUUAACUUCAGAAUUUUUUAAGAAAUAUAUUCAAUAUGCGAAAUCGUUGCCUCAACCUACUGUAUCUAAAAAAGCAGCAGAGUACAUUGUAAAUGUAUGGGUAGAACUUCGUAAUGCUAAUAUGGCUGAACGACAAACUAGGACAGCGCCUAUUACACCUCGUGCUCUAGACUCAUUAUUUCGUUUAGCUACAGCACAUGCGAAAGCACGCUUACGCGAAAAGGUUACUGUAAAGGAUGCAAAAGUAGCAGAAGAAAUUGUAAGGUUUGCCUUAUUCAAGGAAGUAAUUAAUAAGAAAGCUAAAAGACGUAAUAGACGUAAUAAUCAUAAAAGACGUAGAGUAAGUGUUAAUUCACGUGCUGAUGAAGGCGAUAAAGGCAAAGGUAGAAUGGAAGUAGACUCGCCUCCAAAAGGAGAUGAAAACACAAAUCAAUCAACUUUAUCACAAAAUCGAUAUGAAACGUUCAGAGAACUAUUCAGCAAAAUCACAUCAAAGUUUUCAUCGAAAAUAAAGUAUGAUGAAUUACUCGAGGAAAUAAAUAAAUUAACAGCAGAAAAGAAUAUAGAACAUUUUGAUGUUGAAGAAAUGAAAUCUGCUUUGGAAGCAAUGGAAAAAGAUGGCAAAGCAUUGCGUACAGAUGAUUCUGUCUUUCUAAUAUAA